AUGGUGAUGAGGGCCUUUGUCCUGUUGGCUGUCUUUGCAGAAGCCUCCGCAAGAUCAUGCACUCCAAAUAAAGCAGAUGUCAUUCUUGUGUUUUGUUAUCCCAAAACCAUCAUCACCAAAAUCCCUGAGUGUCCCUACGGAUGGGAAGUACAUCAGCUGGCCCUUGGGGGACUGUGUUACAAUGGAGUCCAUGAAGGUGGUUACUACCAAUUUGUCAUCCCAGAUUUAUCACCUAAAAACAAGUCCUAUUGUGGAACCCAGUCUGAGUACAAGCCCCCCAUCUACCACUUCUACAGCCACAUCGUUUCUAAUGACAGCACAGUGGUCAUCAAGAACCAACCGGUGAACUACUCUUUCUCGUGCACCUACCACUCCACCUACUUGGUGAACCAGGCUGCCUUUGACCAGAGAGUGGCCACUGUUCAUGUGAAGAACGGGAGCAUGGGCACUUUUGAAAGCCAAUUGUCUCUCAACUUCUACACUAAUGCCAAGUUCUCUACGAAGAAAGAAGCGCCCUUUGUCCUGGAGACAUCUGAGAUUGGUUCAGAUCUGUUUGCAGGAGUAGAAGCCAAAGGAUUAAGUGUUAGGUUUAAAGUGGUCCUGAACAGUUGCUGGGCCACACCCUCUGCUGACUUCAUGUAUCCCUUGCAGUGGCAACUGAUCAACAAGGGCUGCCCCACAGAUGAAACGGUCCUCGUGCACGAGAAUGGGAAGGAUCACAGGGCCACCUUCCAGUUCAAUGCCUUCCGGUUCCAGAACAUCCCCAAACUCUCCAAGGUUUGGUUACACUGUGAGACAUUCAUCUGUGACAGCGAGAAGCUCUCCUGCCCAGUGACCUGCGACAAACGGAAGCGCCUGCUCCGGGACCAGACUGGGGGCGUGCUGGUGGUGGAGCUCUCCCUGCGGAGCAGGGGAUCAUGGAGUCUCCAUAGCUUCUCAGAUGUUAUGCGCCACCUCGUCGUGAUGCUGGGGAUCUGCGCCCUGUUGUAGGAGUCAGCCUGGAGCUGCAGCUCCGCCCUCAGGUCGUCCUCAGCGAUGACAAACUCGUUUUUUGUGCUGCCAAAAAGAGCAAACAGAAGACUACAUUGUCGGGGAGCAGAGACCAGCGCUUUGCCAAAUAUGUGUUCCAAUUUUUGUGAAUUCAGCGAUCAAUUUUCUUUGGUGCCCCCACUUCCUCUUGUUACUUCAGUGGCCCUUAGAUCCCGCCAGUCCCUCCCCUGCAGCUGGGGAGGAGUCUUCUCAGACUCCAGUCAAGAGUGCAGGGCCCUCCUCCUUUGAAAGCUAUUUUAAUUCUGAGAGACUGGCACACUCACCAAGUGCAGCUGAGCAUUUUGAAGACCAUGUAGUGCCUAACCACAAAGUCAAUGCUAAAUAGGGAAUGCACAGGAAUAGCCAGCUUCGCCAGAAGGGGCUCUGUCAUUGAGACUGGGCAGUUCUACCCAAGGACCAGAGCUGAGCCCGCAGGCAGGGAGUUGCAAUCUUUCAAAUAACCAUGUAGGAAUCAGAGUGGAAUACCAAAGUUUUGCUUAUAAGUAAUAGGAAGGAAAUGGAUCCUUAAAAGUUCUUAGUACUAACCUAACUAGUUUUAAUUAUAGGGUUUAUUAAAUAUAUGUAAACAUUAGACAGGUAUAAACUCCUUGUUUUUGUAGCUGAUAUAUACUUUAACAUCAAAAGAAAAUUAGAAAUUUGAUAGAAAAAAACUACAAAAGGCAUAGGACAACCCCUCCCCCCCCAACACACACACAGGUUUGCUGUACUUGGUGACAACCUGACUUCCCAUAUGCCUUGUGACAUCCAUGUCCUCAAUAUCUUUCUUCACUGACUCUAAGAAAUCUUCAUGUGUACAGAAUGGACUGAUUUCACUUAGUCUUUACUUAAGAUGUUCAAAUCCAUAUACUUUUGUUUUUAUCUCAUCAACUUAGGAUCAUCAGAAUAGAACCAUUAAAAUAAUCAGAAAUGCAAUGCAAAUAUGGCCAAUGAAAUCACGUGGCAAUCUCAUAAUGCAGCCACCUCAGUGAUCCAGAGUAUGCCAGUAUCCAUGAUUUACUUUGGUCACCAAAAUAAAAACAGAAUGUACCAACCCUGGAAGAGAACUAAUAGGAUAAGCCUGAGCUCUUAGUUCUUAAUCACAUUUAAUUAGCAGGCUUGCAAUUUGAAAACACACACCUGUUUGUCUCUCCGUUUUUAAUGUAUUUGAGAACUUUUGAGAUUUGCAGUUUGAUGGUUCUUGUACAACUUGGGUGAACUCAAAAAUUAAACUACUCAUCAGAUCUCUCAAGAGUUGAAGUACAUGUUUGGUUAGCAAUAGGCUAGAGUAAAAUGACUCAAGUUCAAACUUGGUCUCAAAGCUGAUGUUCCAGACAGCUUGGGAUCUUUUCCUUCUGUAAAUUCAGAGUAUUUUGUAGUCAAGAAGGACAGAAGACAUAUUUUUAUUGGUUCUAGUAAAUAGCAUAUAACAAUAACUUAAAUAGCAUACUCAUAGCCAGAUUCAUAUUCUUUGAUGUCAGAGUAAAACAAUGCUGUGUUAGUUUGGUUUUAUUUUAUCAUUAUGUUUUAUGAUCAUGUAUCUCUACCUGGUGCUAUGGAAUAAAUGAAAUGCCUUAAGAUAAAUAA